AGAGAGAGAGAGAGAGAAAGAUGUGGAGUAUAACGCGAUUUGGGGAGAAAGUUUAUACAAUGAUGGCGGAAGGGGGAUCUCGUUACUGUUCGAAGAAGACGGAUGAUAUAUGCGGCAAUGCUUGCGAUGAGGAGUCAGGACGAUCUUUGAGCAUGUCAAGAUUACGAUGUAUUCUGCGUGGAAUGGAUUUUAAAAUGUAUAUCUUUUUUUUCGUUCUAGUGCCGACAUGUGUCCUUGGUAUAUACUUGCACGGACAGAAGAUUUCGUACUUCUUGCGGCCAUUGUGGGAAUCGCCACCUAAACCCUUUCAUGAAAUCCCACACUAUUAUCACGAAAAUGUGUCAAUGGAGAAUCUCUGCAAGCUUCAUGGAUGGGGAAUCCGUGAGAGCCCAAGGCGUGUCUUUGAUGCAGUGUUGUUCAGUAACGAGGUGGAAAUCCUUACCUUACGGUGGAAAGAAUUGUACCCCUAUGUAACAGAGUUUGUUCUCCUUGAGUCAAAUUCAACGUUUACUGGAUUGCCAAAGCCUCUGGUAUUUGCCAGCCAUCGAGAUCAGUUUAAAUUUAUUGACUCGCGAUUGACAUAUGGGAAAAUUCCUGGGAGGUUCAGGAAAGGAGAAAACCCAUUUAUUGAGGAGGCAUAUCAGCGACUGGCUUUGGACUAUCUUCUCAAACAAGCAGGAAUUCAAGAUGAUGACUUGUUGAUAAUGUCAGACAUUGAUGAGAUACCAAGCAGGCACACUAUCAAUCUUUUGAGAUGGUGUGAUGAAAUACCUCCUAUCCUUCAUCUUCGGCUAAAAAAUUAUCUGUAUUCAUUUGAGUUUCUUGUGGAUAAUAAUAGCUGGAGAGCUUCAGUCCACAGAUAUCAAUCUGGCAAGACAAGGUAUGCACAUUACCGCCAAUCAGAUGAAAUCUUGGCAGAUUCAGGGUGGCAUUGCAGCUUUUGUUUCCGCCAUAUUAGUGAGUUUAUAUUCAAGAUGAAAGCUUACAGCCAUUUUGACAGAGUGAGGUUCGCUCACUAUUUGAAUCCUAAGAGAAUACAAAAAGUAAUCUGCAAAGGGGCUGACCUGUUUGAUAUGUUGCCUGAAGAGUAUACCUUCAAGGAAAUCAUUGGGAAAAUGGGACCCAUUCCCCAUUCCUACUCAGCUGUUCAUCUUCCGUCAUAUCUAUUGGAGAAUGCUGACAAGUAUAAGUUUCUUUUGCCUGGGAAUUGCUUAAGAGAAAGUGGCUGA